CCUUUUUUUUUUCCAAUGCAGUGGACAGGUGCAUAAGAGAAAAUUCAAAUUAGACUAUUAAUGGUAUAUGUACCCACACCAAAAUAACUUUAUCAAUCCUACAUUACAUAUGCAUAUGAUGAACCUUCAAGCUUCAAUUGAUUCAUAUUACAUGGAUACAAGAAUUGGUGGUUAAAGUAAUUGGAUCCACUGUCACUUUCAAUUAAUACUUAGGGCCAUAUGAUUGAGGAUAUGGAAUGAUUAAGGUAUAGUACUAGCUAAUUGAAACCAAGUAUAUAAAUCUAUUUUAGCAGCUAAAAGUGAACUAAAAAGUUAAAAAACAAUAGUAAUGGUUAUGAUUAAAACUAUGAUUAAUAGAAAUCUUUGUAGAAAGAGAGUGCUACACUGCCAAAGAUGCUCACACUCUCACUGCAGUUUCCUGAAACUUUCCAGAGCGCAUGGAAUAGCAUGAGCAACCAAAAGGAGGUCAGAGCUUUCCCCCACUUAAAUAAAAAAAAUGUACAAAAAUACAUAUAAUAUUAUAUAUUGUAAUAAUAAUAACAAAUUGAAAUUAUUAAUUCAGAUUAAAAUAUUGCUUCUGAAAUCUCAUGCUCCCCAUCUGCAAAAAUAUACUCUUACAGCCCCACCAAACUGACCUAAAAGCCUUAUCUUUUCCAAAACCCCAUUAGUACUGCUGCAUCUCUUUUCAACAGUUGAAACUAUAUAUAUAUAUAUAUAUAUAUAUAUAUAUUUUAAUAAGUUCCUCUUUUUUCUCAUACAUUACAUGUUCAAGUACUACUACUACAAGUAUUUGUGUUGCAUAACAAGUUAGACCAUCUAUUCUCUUCCUUUAUAUUUAUAUACAUAUAUAUAUAAGCAUAUCUUCCAACAAACAAUAUACAAAGAAUCAAGAUUUGAUCUUCCAUGGCAGGCUUGGCAGCUCAAGUUUUCAUGAAAUGAAUUAAAGAUAGUGGUUAGAUCAGCUGGUACCAGAUUGUACAGAAGCUGAUAAAAAGCUGAGGUUAUUCGCUCCAAGUUUUUGUUUUGUUAUCUGCAUACAAAGGAACUGAACCCCAAAAUUCUUCUGGUCUGUUUGGCUCUGCGCCGCCGGAUUUAUAAUUCCGGUGGGUGUUAACCGGAGAUUAAUUUGGCCGGUACAUAUCGGUAUGUCUUACACUCUUAAUACUCUAUUUGGUGCAAUAUUAAUAAAACUUCUUGAUGGCUUGCAUGAUGAAUUCGUUUACUUUGAAACUUCUCCUCUUUCUGUCACAAAUUUGACAUGGGCUUAAAGAUAGUAGAUUUAUAUAUACAUACAUGCAUAUAUAUGUGUGUGUCUGUGUGUGUGUCAUUUUUUCUUGAUUUGAUUCAUAUUCCUGUCAGGUAGUGAAGUAUCAUUUUAUCUUGCUUGGAGACCUAGUAUUGUUCAUAUUUAAAGUUCAAUCAAUCAAUGGAUAGUUUGGGUUGGGAGGGCUCACCUUUAAUGACCAACACAUCAUCCUUAUGGAGCAAUCAGCUGCAACAUGAAAUUGAAGAAAGCUUCAUAGUGUCCAACUCAAAUUGCUAUAGCAAGAUGGUCCUGCCAGAAGAGCAUCUCUUUCAACCAGUACUCCCAGAGCUCCAAAAACCCGAGCCAUCUCAAGUUAAUCCGAAUUCUCUAAGCGUAAGCCAAAUGGUUCAGCAGCUGGCACCAGGACUGGCUUCCACAAAUGUUGUUUCAAACUUGAAAUUGUUGCGGUGCCACGAAGCUACAGGAGUAGCUACCAAUACAUUUCCUGCAAAAUCAGUAGCCGGCACGAGUUGGGGACAAGCUCUAACUACUUCUGCUGAGAUCAGGCCUCACACCAUGAAUCCACUGACUAGUCUGAUGGCUGAUUUUGGCAUGCCGGGACAGUCGAGAAUUGGGGUUUCGAGGACUACAUGCUCCAUGGAUUCCCUUGAUUGCUUAUUGUCAGCAACCAACAGCAACACAGACACAGUAGCUGAAGAUGAUGGGAUUUCUAUGAUGUUGUCUGAUUGCAAGAACUUGUGGAGCUUUGGUUCAGUUGAUGGUGUUUCAUCAGGAGAGUCCAUAAGCAAUGGCUCUAAAGACAAUGAAACAGUCUCUCAAUCUUCUUCUGAUCAUCAAUAUAUCCGUCAGGACCAAUCCACGGCCCCUAAGUCGUCUAAUGCUAUCAAGCGAAGCAAUGAUGAAAUUCAACUCAAAACUGGUGGAAACUAUGGUUACUUUGAUCUUCUUCAAUCAGAUUCCUCAGCUACAGAAGGUGGGUUCAAGCUCAUUUCAGAGAAUAUCCCACCAAAAUCAAAAAAACCCAAGUGGGAGAAGUGUCCGAAUUCAUCAAACAUCAAUUUUCAACAGGCGAGUUCGUCGGUGUCUUCAGCUGAGGAGCCUGAUUCAGAGGCCAUAGCACACAUGAAGGAGAUGAUUUAUCGAGCCGCGGUGUUUAGGCCUGUGAAUUUUGGUGUGGAGGUGAUGGAGAAGCCCAAGAGGAAGAAUGUUAAGAUAUCAACUGACCCACAAACUGUGGCUGCAAGACAAAGGAGGGAGAAGAUAAGUGAGAGGAUUAGAGUUUUGCAGAGGCUGGUCCCUGGUGGGAGCAAGAUGGACACAGCAUCAAUGCUUGAUGAGGCUGCAAAUUAUCUCAAGUUCCUCAGGUCACAAGUCAAGGCACUAGAAACCCUAGGCCACAAACUUGAUUUAGUGAACUGUCCCACUCCAAACCUUCCCUUCUCUUCACUACCAUUCAACCACUCAUUUCCCAUGCAAAUAACCCAAUUUCCACCUCAAAACCCUAAUCCAAUCCAACACCCUAAGAGUUGAAGAUUUUCUUUUUUCUUUUUAACCAAAAUAGAAAAAAAAAAAAAAAAAUUAAUAUUUGAUCAUCUCCUUUAAACCCACAAAGAAACCCUAACCCUUGAUCCAUAAUCAUACUCAUCAUCAUUUCAUCAUCAAGGAUCAACAUCCAAAUCCCAUUUUAUUGCCUAAAAAUCCCCAACCCAUAUCAUAAUCUCCAUCAUUACAACUUCUUGUGAUCAAGUAAUUGAUAACUUCUCUUAAUUAUGAUCAUAAUGAUGACACCCACCAUCAAGAACACUGCCAUGUAUCCACUACUGUUUUUGCUGCCUCCACCCUAUAUAAUUGUCUACUGACUUUAUGAGAGAACAUUGUAUAAAGUGGGAGUAGCAAAAAGAAAAGGGUGAGAAUAGUCAUCCUUUACAAAACCUUUUUCAUAGGAAAAAGCCCUAGUAAUUAUAACACCUAUGAUUAAGAUGAAGGGCUAGAAAGUCAUUAUCACUUUUAUCUUGCUUACGAGUUGUUUAAUGCCAUUGAUCUGUGUACUUAAAGCUGAUCACAUUUCUUGAA